CGGAAUUUUCCCCUCAGCUUGUACUUCAAUUCAGCAAAAUUAAUUUUAAAAUACUACUUUUUUACUCACAAAUGUUUGCACCAGCAUCCGGCACGAGUACUGAAAUUACAACGCGGGGCAGCACGCUCAUACUGCCCGCCGUCUCCAUUGGAAAUGUGCCGCAGCUAGCAGUCGACCUGCUAAUCAACACACUCAGAAUGCAGCGCAUUGGUGUUUUUGACUCGGCCUCGCUGACACCAGUAUCCGGUCCAGCUGGCUACGACCAUCUCGGCCCAGAAAUCAGAUCACACCCGCUCGAGGUAUACCAGACCAGCAACGGGGAGUGGACAACAUUACAGCAGCGCUCGCCACCACUGCCUAAGCACCACCGACUGUUUGCACGCGAGAUUAUGGAGUACAUCAAGGACGGCGGGUUUGCGAGGGUAGUGGUGUUGGCGAGCAGUGAUGCGGCGCUCCGGACGGAUGCGCUUAUUGAUGGGUCGCAGAUCCGCACGCUGGCUUUCAACUGGGAUGACGACAGCCUGACCAACAGAAUGCAGGCAUUGUCGCUGAGAAACUUGGCUACAGGCGAGGGCCAGAGCGCGCUGGCAGCACCAUUGAACCAAAUUCACGCAGCUGGAGUUACCCGUCCAUUGCUCAAACUGUGCGAGCAGGCUGGUGUUCCAACGUUUGCUAUGGUGUCGCUAGUCAACGAGGGCGACAACGUGCCCGACGCUAUUAUGCUGGCCAACGCUGCCAACGCGGCGCUUGGCGUGGCCGCAGCGGGUGAUAUUGCGCAUUGGCUGCCGCCCAGGAGCUGGGAAUGGUUGAUGCCUACGAGCGUGCCCAGUGAGCUCUUCUAAACUGAUUUGAAUUUUAAUGCUUUUUUUGAUGAUCAAUGACAUGUGAUAUAUUGCCAGUGACACAAUUGACAAAGCCUCUGAUAUCAAUGUGUUGAGCCAAUCAGCACUUAACUACGUUUUACCAGCCCCAGCGCUGACUUCAUAAAAAGGCACACAAUACAAUUCACACCUAUUGACUAUAUUUCAAUCAUAACAAAAAAUGGUGAUAAAGAGAUGUGUAAUUAAAAGUCAAAC